CGUGGAACAUGAACCAGAAGAGGAAGCGCGUUUUUCCUGUUUGCUUCAGCAUGAAACACAGCGCGAACCAAAGCAGCAGGAAUUAAGCAAUGGCAUACAUUUCAAAACGAGGUUCAUGGACAAUGACCAUAGUGUCUCAAGUGAAAUAAUCCAACUAAAUGACACAUACAACAUAUGUAAGCGUGGGAAGUACCAGAUAGGGCCAUCGGGAAAUGAACUUUGGACCCGCUGUCAAUCAAAAUGUCUUGGCUCUUAUCUCUAGGCCUGAGGAAAGGUGGAGGUGAGUUGAAGGUGUUUCUGGGAUGAUGCAGUCUAUAAAACAAGAUGUCCAGAGAGAAACGCAAACGACACAGGCACCCCAAGCAGCGUUUCAGGCACCAACAGCAUCUUUUCACUCUCAGCAUGUGGAAGGCAGCACUCUUGACGAUGGGCUUGUUAGUGGCUCUGGUAGAAAAGGUGCGCUCCAACGACGCCCAGCCCCCUUUCUAUGGGGUGAAACUGUGUGGAAGAGAGUUCAUACGAGCUGUCAUCUUUACCUGCGGUGGUUCUCGUUGGAGGAGAAGCUUAAGAGACACAGAUUCUAUUGGGGAAGAGGCCUUUGACCCAUGGAACACCAAUUCCAUCCCUCAACUUAUCGGCAAACAGGCUCCUGCAGAGUCCCAAGUAUGGAGAGAGCAAACAUUAAACGAGGCAUCUGUGGCUGCUGCAUUCAGCCGCUCAGCUCGCUCACCGAUUUCUGAGGAGGUGCUGGAAGCUCUACGGAGUGCAGAUAGGAAAGGACGGGAUGUGGUGGUUGGACUGUCCAACGCCUGCUGCAAGUGGGGCUGUAGCAAGGGUGAAAUCAGCUCUCUGUGCUGAGCCGGGCUUCUUGUAUAAGUCAUGUGUUGUCACCACUGCAGUGCUGUCACUGCAUAGGACACUAGUGGUCCUAUUAUGUAAUGUUCAUUCAUUUCUUCAAACUUUUCUUUUUUUUUUUUAAAUUCCACAUCCCAUCUAACCCAUUUUCUAUGUGUUGACUAUUGAUGCAGGAAUGUGCAUGUGUACUCAUACUGUUGUUAUCCCAUACUGACAUGUUUAAUAAAGCAUCACGUAGUUCUGAGAGUAUCUGUUCCUCUUACAAAACACAUAAUAAAAUGAUAUGUCAUGCUUCUGGAAA